CAAAAAAUAGUUCCAGAAGGGAAGUCCAAAGAAAGGUAUACCUGUCCAAGUCUCCAAGACGGAGACGCCUCUAAAUAAAUUCCUCCAUCCGGAAAAAGAAGAGAACAGGGCAAGUAGGAAAAAGCGCAUAGCCUUUGUGGUCAUCCGUGUACCCCGAUCCUAAAAAAUAUCUCCUCCAAUCUCUUCCACAUCCGCAACCCUAAUGAGGUAUCUCAAGGGUUUUGUUCGGAUUUAUUCCUCUUGACUCAAAGCCGUUCCAAACUUCUGAUUUUGAUCCCGGAACCCUGUAUCUUGAUAGAAUCUUGAGAUUAUAAUCGCGAGCACCAAUUUUUAUCUUCAAACCCUCGAAGAUUCGAUCUUUCUGCCGAUUUCUAAUGCCUCCACUGGAUUUCUGAGUUGUUUUCGAUCUUUCCAAGUUCUCCCCCGUGCUCUGUUCGUUAGCUGUGUAUUCUUCUUCCAAAACGCCCAAUAGAACCCGAGUCUGCCUUAGUUUUUAGAUCUGUAACGAGAGUACGAGAUAGAGCGAGGAUUUUGAUUUCUUGUGGGAAAAAAAGCGAUCUUUUUUUCACUGUGUCGUUGUUUUGAAUCAAAAUCCUUCCUUUUGCUUGAUGGGCUACUAAUCUCUUCUUGUAAGCAUUCCUUUGGGUGCUUUCUUUCUUGGUAGGAUGGUUCUGUGGGAAGGCUAUGUCAGUGAUGAGCUGAUGGGCACGUUUGCCCCCAUUGUUGUUUAUUGGCUCUACGCUGGCAUGUAUCAGCUGUUGCCCCCAUUGGAUCGUUACCGAUUGCACACUAGAAAAGAAGAAGAGCAGAAGAACUUGGUGCCCUUGUCGUCGGUGGUUAAGGGUGUUCUACUUCAGCAGCUUGUUCAAGCCACUGUUGCGCAAGUUCUUUUCCUGGUAACUUCAAGUUCAACAGGGACUCCAAUUCAGCCAUCCAUAUUAGUUCAACUGAUCCAGAUCUUUGUGGCAAUGCUAGUGAUGGACACAUGGCAAUAUUUUGUGCACCGAUACAUGCAUCAGAACAAGUUCCUUUACCGCCAUAUUCACUCCCAACAUCACCGUUUGGUAGUUCCUUAUGCAAUUGGAGCCCUCUACAACCAUCCCUUGGAGGGUCUCCUUCUGGACACCUUGGGUGGGGCCAUGUCAUUCCUGAUCUCAGGGAUGACGGCACGAACAUCUGUUUUUUUCUUCUGCUUUGCGGUGAUAAAGACUAUUGAUGAUCACUGCGGCCUCUGGCUGCCUGGUAAUAUCUUUCACAUUUUCUUCCAGAACAACACUGCCUACCAUGACAUCCACCAUCAGCUUCAAGGCACAAAGUAUAAUUACUCUCAGCCUUUCUUUUCUAUUUGGGACAACAUAUUGGGCACUCGCAUGCCCUACGCCUUGGUCGCCCGCCAGGAAGGGGGGUUGGAGGCAAGACCAUUGAAAGACUAGUUUUAAGCCCUCACAUCGAUAUGUAGGUCUUUGUCUAUAAUGCCAGUUGUGGCACUGCUCCGAAGAUCAAACAAGCAAGACAAUUAUCAUCAGUUUGCAAGGCUAAUGAAUCUAAGAGAAGAUGGAGAUGUUUCCAUCGAAAUGUAUUGCUUGUUUCUUUGGCUGUGUAAUUUGAUAGUCAACUAUAGUCCUUUUCUGCUGCUCCUUGGAGGGUGCAUCUCUUGUUGAAUCAGCUUCUUAAAUCUUUACUUUUUAUUUUUGGUUAUGUAGAGUUUGAGUUUUGUUAAUAUCUGGCAGGUCAUGUAUGGAAUCUGGAAGCUGCCACUAAUAUGUUUGACAGAUUAUGGAAACAGAUAAGCUGAUGUUUUUUAUCUUAUUUUGGCACAUUUCUUUUA